CCGGAGUAAAGGACAGGGACGCCGUUAUGAGUGCCAAAGUGAACAUGGAGGCUCUCCCCAAAGAACCCGAUAGCACCCCGUUGGACCCAUGCUCCUCGUCCCCGAGCGAGGCCGUCCUCAUCUGUGGCAGUGACGGUGUGGCCAAGAAGACUCGACCCCAACCCCACACCACCACAGCGUUCCUCCUACCAGCUCCUGCUGCCAGCCAUCAGAAGCCGGAGGUGACUCCAGCUGUUGCAAUGGGAGACCCAGGUAAAGGAGGCAUAGCCAAUGAGACAGUCACACCCACCCUGACAGCACAGGUGGGCGGGGCUUGUAGCAUCGUCCACGUCCUAGAGUGGAAGGAGGGAGUGGCCAUCCUGCCCAGCAGCAACCUCAAGUUCUGUGUCAGUGAUGUAGGAACGUUGAGCACACUGAUCACCCCAGGGGUCACCAGCAGCAUCACUGAACCAGCAGCCGGGACUUCUGGGAGAUCCGCGUGCGCAGAGAGCGCUCCAGCAGACAAGCCAGACGUGUCGGCUCCUGUCGGCUCCGUGAGAGGCGCAGUAGCGGAGCCGGAGAGGUCGGUGCCGGUCAAACCUGAGGUCCAGGUUGGACUGGGACAGCAGACCUGUGAUGCCAGAGCACAGAGGACCUACAAAGAGGAGCUACGCCGGGAGCCCAUCACUGACAAGAGGAUUGUUGGGGUGGAGAAGGUGCCAGCAGGCGGGAGGGUCUCCUUCCUCAACCCAGAUCACCUGAAACCCAUGAGGAAGAGGAAGAGGAAGGAAUACCUCAGUCCCUCUGAGGAAGACUCUGACAUCGAAGGCACGGAUGAGAAAAUGGAUGAUUCUAAAGCAGACGGCAGACACAUCAGAGGAGCUGGCGACAGUAAGACAGAACAGUGGACGUGGCUUCAGUAUCUGGAGGAAACCAAAUCUGUUGCUGCGCCCAUCAAGCUUUUCCAAGAGCUACGAACCCAGAGAGUGCCAACAGUGAAGAGCGGCUUCAAGCAGGGGAUGAAGCUGGAAGGCAUCGACCCGCAGCAUCCGUCCAUGUACUUUGUUCUCACCGUGGCCGAGGUCUGUGGUUACCGGCUGCGGCUUCAUUUUGACGGCUACUCCGACUGCCACGACUUCUGGGUGAACGCCAACUCCCCCGACAUCCACCCUGCAGGCUGGUGUGAGAGCACAGGACACAAACUGCACACUCCCAAAGGAUGUAAAGAGGAGGAGUUUACCUGGAUCAACUACCUGAGAAUGACUAAAGCACAAGUGGCGUCCAAAGAACUCUUUGCCAGUCCUGGGAGGAUCGACGUGAAGUGCAGUUUUGAGAUAGGAAUGAAGCUGGAGGCCGUGGACCGUAUGAACCCCUCCCUCAUCUGUGUAGCAACUGUCACUGACGUGGUGGACGAGCGCUUCCUGGUUCAUUUUGACAACUGGGAUGAUACAUACGACUACUGGUGUGAUUCCAGCAGUCCCUACAUUCACCCUAUUGGUUGGUGCCAGGAGAGGAACCUCCCCCUUACACCACCCCAAGAUUACCCGGAUCAGGCCCGGUUCUCCUGGUCCCACUACUUGGAGGAGACUAGUGCCAAGGCGGUGGCAGCUGAGGCCUUUAAAGUGCGCGCGGCCCACAGCUUCCAGCCUCAGAUGAAACUGGAGGCUGUGGACAAGAGAAGUCCUGGUCUGAUCCGAGUGGCCACAGUGGAGGAAGUGGAGACUCAUCGCAUUAAGGUCCAUUAUGACGGCUGGAGUCAUGUCUAUGAUGAGUGGAUGGACUCCGAUCACCCUGACAUCCACCCAGCAGGCUGGUGUGAGGCGACCAGUCACCCACUCAAAGUUCCCCCACGCGACGCCAGAACACAACAGCCGCAUGCCAGCAACCAGCACUUCGGUCAAAACUGUGUGAGGGAGCCUCCGACCACAGGCCAGUCCGCCUACCCAUCCUCGGUUCCCUGUAAACCCAUCAGCCACCCCAGAUCCAACAAGUACAGCUUCCACAACAGGAAGUGUCCAACUCCUGGUUGUGACGGUUCGGGCCAUGUGACCGGCCGUUUCACAGCCCACCACUGCAUAUCCGGCUGCCCAUUGGCUGAGCGUAACCAAGGCAGGCUGAAGGCCGAGCUGUCAGACUCCGAGUGCAAGAGGACCCUCUUCUUUGGCCAGAGGACCAAGAAGACACAUUUCCGUGGCAGGAUUGGCCGUCCUCCCAAAUUCAGAAAGAGCCAGCAGAGAGACUACCAGAACAUGUCCUCAGACGGCGUGUAUCCGUCACUAUUCAUGUCAGCUCUGAGCAGCCAGUCAGACAGGACCCUGUCUCUGUGCUGGGAGCAGCACUGUCAGCUGCUGCCCGGCGUUCAGGGCAUUCACGCCAGCCAGGUGGCCGCAUGGAGCGUUGAAGAUGUCUUCAUGUUUGUCCAGAAUCUAAUCGGCUGUGAAGAACAGGCUUGUCUCUUCAAAGAAGAGAUGAUUGACGGGGAGGCCUUCCUGCUGCUGACCCAGACCGACAUUGUGAAGAUCAUGAGCAUCAAGCUUGGCCCCGCCCUCAAGAUCUCCAAUGCCAUUCUCAUGUUCAAGAGCACAGACGAGGUACUCAAGUGAUCCCCCCCCCCCCCCCAUCACCUGACGCGUGGCGUCGGGCCGUCGAUCAUCAUGUGCCAAUUUCAUUCUGUUGCAGGGAAAAGACCCUGACCCCUUUUUUUCAUGUGUUUGGUGUCCUGUACCCAUCAGAGAGAGGGGGGUGGGAGGGGGUGGGUGGAGAAGAGGAAGAUAAAUAAGGCGAUACAGAUAUUCCUUUGGAAGUUCUGUCUUAGAGACGAUGGACACAUUGCUGUGUAGGUGGACAGGAGCAGGGUGAUGAAUGUGAGGUGGACCAUCAGGAGUCUUUACAGUUCAAACCUCUCUGGCGGUGUUUCACAUCUAUUAGGAACUGCCAGUCUAUGGUUUGCUUUGUAAUUUCCAACCACCUAUUUUUAAUGUGAAGCCUAAGUGGGAAUAGAAUAAUUUAAAAACAAAAAUGAAAUUUAGUAAAAUAAGUUUAUUUUUGCGGGGGGGGGGGGGGCAAAAAGAGGAGUUAAAUGCAGUAGACAAGGCUGGUCAGUGAGGCUCUUGGAAGACUCACAUUUUGUGCAAUAAAAAAAAGUUGAAACGGAAGUAUUUGGAAACACUUAAUGUUACAACUCCUUUAUGAUAUCUGAUUAUUCUGUGAUAAUAAGAUAUAAGACAUAAGAUGACAUAAGUUCAGUCUGUAGGGAAAAGGUUUCUAUGUGUGUCAGAUGAGCAAGUUGAAACAGCGAGAAAGCCUUUGCUCCAUUUCAGCAUCUCGUACCGAAGUAUUAACCCGAAGUGUUUAAAUUCUCUACAUUGUACCAUUAAUGUGAUAACUCAUGUGAUACAGGAGCUGUAAUUCAAAAUGUUUCCCUCUUACACAGAAUCUGAGUCAGAGAACAGAAACAACACAGUGUUUUUAUAUCUUUAUGCAAAGAUCUGAAAUUAUUUGUUUUGCAAUUCUCAGACACUUUUAGCACAACUGUGAAGCCCAAAUGGAUUUUACUCAAGGAUGUUGCCACACUUGGUCACUAGAGAGUGCAACAGUUCAUGUUUGGCUCUAUAAACUUGGAUUUGGUAGCAAGUCAAUGGAGAUCUCUGCAGUUUACAUGUGAUGGAAACAACAUUCAAAGUGUGUUCUGCGAAAUGUUUACAAUAUAUGUCAGAAUUGGUUAAAAAAAAACACUGUACGGAUUUGAUAUUGUGAAAUGAAGUGUUUUAAGGGCUUUUGGAAUCGUACUUCUUUGUGUGUCUCUCUGGUGGGAUUUGUGCGCACAACUGUGUGUAUGCGUGUGCGCGUGUGUGUAUGUACGUAUGUGAGUGUGUGUGUGUGUGUGCUUGUGUAUGUAUGUGUGUGUGCGUGCGUGUGUCAAGAUAUUCUUGGGCCACAAAUGUCAUUCAAUCCAUAUGAAUUAAUAAACAUCCAAAGCUG